AUGUCCUCAUCCGGCGAUGCAUUAGCUGCAUCAUGUAGUGUGCGAACACGACAUAUGGUGAAUACUGCUCGUUCUUGCUCUGAGAAGAAUGAUGACCAAUUGCCACAAGAAAUUUACUACUUGGAUAGGUUAAAGACAUUUGCCUCAAUCCACUUUUCACUUGAAAAUCAUAAAUCAAUGUGCGACCUUUUUGAAAGCUCCGUCGAUGAUAGUGACCUGGACAAAGAUUACAAUCCUACAUCUAGCGAUAGCGAAUACGAUGAUAACAUUGUAGAACAAAAAAGGAAAAAAAGAAAGAAUAAUACUGUACAGUCAGGAAGCCCAAAUGAAGAAAGGGAGAGGCAAAAUACUGGAGCAUUGAAAAUAACUAGAAAAAGACUAGUAGGAAUGGAAAAAAUCGAUAGAGAUAAAACUAAACAUCCUAUAUGGGCCAUUUGUGAAGGAAAAUGUAGAAGGCAGUGUAAAUAUCUAACAGAAGAUCAUCGACACUCUAUUUGGAAUCAGUACUGGAAUAUGGAAUACACAAGAAGGCGCAAAUGGUUAAGUAAACAUUUAAAAUUAAUCCCUGUAAAACGUAAAAGCAUGUCAGCUCAACAUUCAAGAUCGGAGUCAAGGUAUUUUACUCUGCCACUUUCAGAUUUUACUAAAAUAGCUGUAUGCAUACUAAAAUUUCUAAAUACUUUGAGAUAUACUAAUGAUUCGGUGAUAACCGAAUUAGUUGCAGCAAUUAAAAAUAGGCCCUUGCAGAGAUCAGAUCAUAUGGCUAUGUCAUCGUGUGCUUGCGCUACUACUUGUCAAGAACUCGAGUUGGUUGUGAUUUAUCAUGCUACGGACAGUGAUACUUGUUUAUGA